AUGCGUAUUUCUCUUCUUCAGUCUCUGGUGCUGGCUCAGCUCUUCAGCUUCGGCCUUGCCCAGGCACAGACGCCCGAUUCUACAGAGCCAGCAACCACCGCUGAGAGCAUCUCAAUUGCUCCGACUUCGACACCAGUUGCUGAUGACAACGGCGGUGACUCAACUGAGACAGGAUCUGGAGGGGGAGGAUCAUCAACGAGAUACAACUCAUCUCAAGGUCCUCCAGAUGUCCAUCUCAAGGUUCCUGAGCUCUCUGUCGGCCGCAUUGAGCUCGAUGUCGACAAUCUGCACGCAGACAUCAACCUCAACGCAGACAUUGCCAAGCUUGUUCAGCUCAAUGCAGGUAUCCAAAUUGGAAUUGAAAAGGUCAACAUCACCAUUGCCGACGUCGAGGCAGAGCUUGAGCUUGUCGUCAGACUAGGCCAUCUGGUUGAGAUUGUUAACCGCACUCUUGCCUCACUCGACCUCAACCCCGCCCUCAUCAACCUUCUGGACUCAGUUGGCGAUAUCGUCGAAGGUGUUAUCGGUGUUGUAGACGGUCUCCUUGGAUCCAUCACUCAAGGCGACACAAAGCUCAACUUCCUUAUCGACAACCUCGGCAACAUUGUUCAGCAGGUCACCAAGGCUGGUGGCGAUGCUGUCAACUCCAUCGUCGGCGACUACAAGCAAAACAUGACCUUUACAGGCGAGGAGAAGACACUGUCAAAUGGACUUGUUCAAAAGACGUACGAGUACUCAGAACUGAGCGCUUUAGUCAACAUCGUCUUCAACAAGGCAGGUCAGAUUGUACAAGCCAUGGUUGUCAAGGGAGGUGGUUCUGGCGGCGGUGGUGGUUCUCAGCCCAGCGGUUCUGGCACCGCAUCACCAACAGCAUCAGCUACUGGAACAUCUGCUGCUGGCGAGGCAACGACCGCUUCAGCCACCUAA